UGAUGGAAACGGGAGAACGGUUACUAACUCUCAAAAAGUUUGCAUUGCGCACAAGCUAUUGUGUCGUACGCUCGCAAGCAAAGCGGACGUGAACAAAAAAAAGCUUAUUUAGUGAUAACAAAAAUGAUUUGAUUUGCAAGCAACAAUUAAAAAAAAUAUAAAAAGGAUUUGCCAAAUAAAUAGAAUAAAAAUUAUAAGAAAGGAUAUAAAACUACUUAACGAUGGCUGGAGGUGAAGUGAGAGCAAGAGGAAAUAUCAUUCCUUUUAUUCCAGCUCGUUAUAUAUUUGCGGUACUGGGAUCGAUUGCCAUGGCAAUCAUUUAUGGACUUAAAGUAAAUCUUUCUGUUGCAAUGGUUGCAAUGGUCAACCAUACAGCAGUUAAAAUGAAUAAUCCUCAUGCUAGUGACAGUCAUAACGUGCUUCAAAACGUGACUGGUGUUGAAGAGUGCGAAGCAGACAUUAAAAACUCAAGCUCAGCCAAAAAUCAGGAUGGACCUUUCGAUUGGACAUCAAAUGAACAAGGAAUCAUUCUGAGCUCAUGGCGUGGAGGUGUGUGGAUGGUUGUCAUAAUGAGAAUACUUCAGGGUAUUGGCGGUGGUGUGACAUUUCCAGCCGAACAUACAAUGAUUUCAAAUUGGGCCCCUCCUUCUGAGCGUUCAACAAUUUCUUCGAUUAUUUAUGCGGGUACAGCCCUUGGAACGGUAAUAAGUAUGUUGAUGGCAGGAAUGUUGGCUGAUGCUUUUGGAUGGGCAUCGAUCUUUUAUGUAAUGGGUGGACUUAGUUGUAUUUGGAUGGUUCUUUGGGUAUUUUUUAUUUAUGAUACUCCAUCAUUGCAUCCGUUAAUUGAUCAAUCUGAACGAGAUUACAUUGUGUCAUCACUUAAUUCUGGUGGUGAACAUGGACCCCCCAAAAAAAUUCCUUGGAAAGCUAUCAUGACAUCAAUUCCAUUCUUAGGAAUUCUUAUUGCACAUACGUGUAAUAAUUGGGGAUGGUAUAUGCUAUUGAUUGAAUUACCAAUUUAUAUGAAAGGCGUUUUGAAAUUUGAGAUUAAAGAAAAUGCAACAUAUACAGCAAUUCCUUUCUUCACACUUUGGUUAUUCAGUAUCAUUAUCAGUAAGACAUUAGAUACACUUCGCUGCAAAGGAUCAAUUACAACAACAACAGCACGUAAAAUAUCAACAUUUAUUGCAUCUUUCAUCCCAAUGUGCUGUAUGAUUGCUUUAUGUUUCAUUGGAUGUAACAAGAUGGCAGCAGUCUUUAUAGCUGGAGUUGGUGUUACUUCAAUUGGUGCAAUGUUUUCCGGGUUCUUAUCAAAUCACAUUGAUAUUGCGCCAAAUCUUGCUGGAAUUUUAAUGGCGGUUACUAAUACAGUCGCUACAUUGCCAGGAAUUACUGUCCCAAUUUUCGUUGGUGAAUUAACACAUAAAGAUCCUACGAUUGCGUCUUGGAGAAUCAUUUUCGGAGUUACAAUUGUGCUUUAUAUCAUUGAGAUUUUUGCUUACAUGACUAUGGGCUCAGGUGAACCACAACCAUGGAACGAUGUCGAUUCUAUCGAUAAAUCUGGACCUGAAGCAACACCGUUGAAAUCUCGAGAACAAUCCGACUAUAAAACAAAAGAUGAAGAUUAAUCCAUGAUCAAGUUCAUUCAACCAUGACAAUUUUCACUCAUCAAGGAAAUUUUUAAAAAUACUUUCACAGUAUGGAAAUUUUUUUAAAUUAAUUAUCGCUGCUAUUAUUUUUAGUCGUACACCUAUCUCCUAUAAAUACUUCAUAUAAUUAAAAGCAUUUUUCAUUUUAUUUUAUUGCAAACGUCUUGAAUUAAAAUUUUAAUCUGCAAUUCACUUGAAAUGGAAUUGUAUGACGACGUCAGUGUGCAAGUAAUCAAUGAAGAACAAGAAAAUAUUUUGGUACAUAUUUUGACAAAAAAUGUCUUAAUUUCUUUCAGAAAAUAUGGAAGAAUGAAUGAAAUUUCACUCACUUUAAACGAAAAAUAUCCUUAAGAGGAAAUCAAAUAAAUAUUUAAUCAUCGAGGAUAAAAGCCUGAAGUAGUUCUGUCAGAAACUUUCUAUGCUGUAAACACAUAGCUAAACAUAAAUGUCAUUAUGGAUAAAUAUAAAAAAAUAUGUAACAGUAAAUAAAGAGAGCUUCUUAAAUGUUACUAUCAAGUGUCA